AUGCCCUCGGCCGCCGGGCAGAGGGAGCUUGUAACUUUCUUCCGCCAGAGUACAUGUACAGAGUACUAUAUUAAGUACAUCAAAAUGGUCGAUUUCAUCGGCGCCUCAGCUGUCAUCUCUCGGCUCCAGCUUGAGGUCAGCAGCACCUUCAGUCCGCUUCAGUUUCCAUCAGCCCAGCCACCCAGCACCUCUCAGCAUCAAACAGAAUUCCAUCAAAGAACCUAUCAAAAUCAGAUCAUCAAUUCCACUCCAUUAAUCCAUCAGCAGCAGCCUCAAUCUCGAUCAGAAUUCCAUCAAAGAAUCCAUCAGCGUUUAGCCCUCGUCCACCGCCUCACUGACCCCCCCCCCCCCCUCCCCGCAGUGGACGUGUGGGACGGCCAGGACGAGCCGGUCGUCUACCACGGCAACACCCUCACCAGCAAGGUGCCCUUCCGGGACGUGGUCGACGCCAUCGCCAGCUACUCCUUCGACUUCUCCGUGUACCCGGUCAUCGUCCACCUGGAGAACCACUGCAGCAUCAAGCAGCAGCAGAUCAUGGCGUCGCUCCUGAAGACGCUGCUGGGCUCCUACCUGUACAUCCACCCGCGGGACUCGCCGAAGGCCGUCACGGAUCUCAGCCCCGAGGAACUCAAGUACAAGGUCAUACUUAAGGGCAAGAAGCUCCCCGACGAGGACGCGCAGGAGGGCGAGGUGUCCGACGAGGACGAGGGCGGCGAGACCAAGCGCAACAACAACCCGCGCAAGAUCCGCCUCUGCCGCGAGCUGUCCUCCCUCAUCUCCCUCUCCAGGAUCCGCUUCACCGACGUCGCCUCCGCCAGGACCAGACAAAACCACGGGGAGAUGAGCAGCCUGAGCGAGUCCUGCGCCGCCAAGCUGGCCCACACGUGUCCGGAAGAAUUGGUCAACCACAAUAAGACCUUCCUUACGAGAGUCUACCCCAAUUCGUCCCGCGUCGACUCCUCCAACUACAACCCGCAGGACUUCUGGAAUUCGGGCUGCCAGUUAGUGGCGCUCAACUUCCAGACUCCGGGCCAGAUGAUGGACGUCUACGAAGGAAAGUUCCGCGCCAACGGCGGCUGCGGCUACCUCAUCAAGCCCGCCGUCAUGAGGGAGCACAUCUCCGUGUUCUCGGCCAACUCCAGGGAGACCAUUCCGGGGGUCGCGCCGCAGCUCCUCAAGAUCAAGAUCAUCAGCGGCCAGUGUCUGCCGAAGCCCCGAGGCUCCACGGCGACGAAGGCCAGUUUCAUCGACCCUUACGUCGUCAUCCAGGUGUUCGGCAUUCCGGCAGACUGCACAGAGGCCAAGACCCGCACCGUGAGCAACGACAGCAGCUUCCCGGUCUUCGACGAGAGCUUCGAGUUCCUGAUCAACCUCCCCGAGCUGGCCAUCGUCCGCUUCGUGGUCCUGGACGACGAGUUCAUCGGGGACGACUUCGUGGGCCAGUGCACCGUGCCCUUCGACUGCAUCCAGACGGGCUACCGCCACGUCCGGCUGCUGUCGAGUAUGGGCGAGCCGAUGGACAACGCCUCGCUGUUCGUGCACGUGUCCAUCUCCAACCGGCGGGGCGGCGGGAAGCCGCAGCGGGUGAAGGGCCGCAGGGCGGACAAGGUCCAGGCGGACAUCAAGCCUGUGGGCGUCAGAGCAGCUGACGACAUCUUCAAGGAGGCGCUGGCCUCGCUCACCGAAGCGGAGUUCGAGGAGAGCAAGGUGGAGCGGGCGUGGACCGACCUGCAGGACGAGUGCGGCCUCGAGCACACGGCCAACAUGAAGCAGUGUCUCAAGGUGACGAUCUCGCGCUACAUGGCCCACCCGGACACCAACCAGCUCAGCAUACGAGAGGAGAACGGGAUUCCAUUUCUAAGGAGUUCUUGCCCGGGUCCUCUUCCCUCACAUUUACAUAAGUUAGAAGUCGCCUUAGAAAAGGUCCUCCUGGAGAUCCACCACUUCCUGAGCCACGGCGACGCGCUGUGCACCUCGCUGGAGUCGCAGCUGAAGCCCGCCCUCGGGAUGUACGACAACCUUGAGAACCUGCUUUCGUCGCACGGCAUCAAGGGCAAGAAGGCCAACAAGGCGACGGAGAACUUCGCCUGGAACGUCAGGAUUAUCCGCGGCCAGCUGGAUCGGCUGGCGGCGCUGAAGAAGAAAAGCAAGAUGGCCUUGGAACAGGUGGAGUCGACCAAGGCGACGCUGGACAGCCUGAACACCCGCGAGCGGUCGCCCUCGGUGCGCGAGCGACCGCGCCUCACGCUGGCCAACCGCCACAACACGACGGAGAACUUGACCACCUACGGCAGCCUCGGCCGGUCCCCGACCACGCCCAGCAGCGAAUGCAAGCCCAAGAGCAUCCUCAAGAAGAGCAACUCCAACCUGGAGUCGAGCAGUAUCGGGUACGUGAACGAGGACUACCUCAUGACGCCGAGUAGUUCCUCGACUGUGGUAGGGGAGGACGAGGACGCGGCCAACCUCCUGAAGCCUCCGCUGCUGCAUUCCUUCAGCUAUACACCUGGCUUCAGCUAUGAGCAAAACACAGCGCUGUAGCUUAGUAAUUAGUGUUACUGUUAUUUUUCUCCCUUCGUAAGGCAUUUGUAAUGAUUAGUGUAUGCAAAUUAUAUUGCGUAUUGUAAAUAUGUUGACGCUGUGUAAAGAACCAGAUUUUCGAGCCUGUGUAUUUAUUUUUUUGUAUUUUGAUACAAGUUUUGUGUUUGUUUAUUUCGCUACUGUUUUACUUUGUACCGUUGCUGCUGUGAGGUACAUUAUUUACCCAUAUUGCAUAUGCUGCACAUGUAGUGUGUAAAGGGUUAUGCGUGAAUCAAUGUGCAUACGAGGCUAUACACAGAACUGUACUUGAAUAGAGAUGUUCAUGUUGACAAGAUUAUCAGAUUCAUAAAUGCAUAGAGUUUUUUUUAAACCAUAUGUAUGUUGAUAUAUAUUCAUAGUUAUCAUUUUUAUAUCCAUGCAUACAUUCAUUAAUUCAUUCAUUCAUUCAUUCAUUCAU